GCACAUCAUGGCCACCGCUCGUAAACGUCGUACUACAAAAACGCCCUCCCGUAAAGUGACACGCAAGACUGCCAACAAACACAAGAAAAAGGUCAAUGUCAUUGGUAACAAGAUCAUUCGGGAGAACUGGGAUAAGAAGGCUACACUUCGUCAAAAUUAUGCUCGCUUGGGUCUCCUUCCUUCGUUGAAUGGUGUUACAGGAGGCACGGAAAUCAAGGAUGAGGAUGAAGUAAUGGAGAAUGAGCAAAAAUCACUCGAGGAAUUGGCAGCAUCGUUGACAGAGGAACAGGGGAUCAUUCAGCGUGAUGAUGAGGGCAAUAUUAUCAACAUCAUUGUUGGCAAGGCUAAAACAAAGGAAGAAAUUGAAGAGAUGAUGGAAAAGGAGAUCGAGCCUGUCAAGGCCAAGACUGAUGUUGUACGUGCACUCGAAGCCCAGGCAGCAAACGUAUUGAAGACAGAGAGAUAUCAAUCGGAGGGUGAGGUUGUGUGGGCUGCCAAAUUGGUGGAGAAGUAUGGUGAUGAUUACGAAAAGAUGUUCCGGGAUCGAAAAUUGAACCCUAACCAGCAGACUGUUGCUCAGUUAAAGAAAAGGAUCAAGGCACUCUUGACCUAA